UUGCCCCCUGGUUCCAUGGGCUGGCCCUACAUAGGAGAGACAUUCAAGCUCUACACUCAAAACCCAAAUACCUUCUUCUCCAACAGGCAAAAAAGGUAUGGAGAUAUCUUUAAGACUCGCAUACUUGGUUAUCCUUGUGUAAUGAUUUCAAGCCCAGAGGCAACGAGAACUGUGCUUGUGACUCAAGCACAUCUGUUCAAACCAACAUACCCUGCAAGCAAAGAGAAAAUGAUAGGUCCAGAGGCUGUUUUCUUUCAACAGGGUGAUUAUCACUCCAUGCUCAAGAAGUUGGUUCAGGCCACUUUUUUGCCCUCUGCAAUUAAAAAAUCAGUCUUUGAAGUUGAGCAAAUUGUCCUUAAAUUGUUGCCAACUUGGAACAACACAACCAUCAAUGCCUUACAAGAGAUGAAGAGGUAUGCUUUCAAGGUAGCUGCUAUCUCAGCCUUCGGUGAAAUAAUGGAGCUUGAAAUGGAAGAAAUUGAAUACCUGUAUCGGUGCUUGGAAAAGGGCUACAAUUCCUUUCCUUUAUAUGUUCCUGGAACCUCCUAUUGGAAAUCAAUGAAGGCAAGGAAGCUUCUGAAUGAAACUAUAAGGAGAUUAAUACAUAAAAGAAGGGAAAGUGGGAACUAUGGAGGAGGGUUGUUGGGAGUAUUGUUGAGAGCUAGAGGUAACAAAAUGUACCAGCUCACUGAUUUUCAGAUUGCUGAUAACCUCAUAGGAGUGAUCUUUGCUGCACAUGAUACCACUGCUAGUGUUCUUACAUGGGUUCUCAAGUAUUUGCAUGACAAUGUCACUCUCUUGGAAGCUGUCACGGAAGAGCAUGAAGGAAUUAAAAGGAAACUAGUUAUAGAAAAUCGUGGCCUUACAUGGGAAGAUACCAGGCAGAUGCCACUCUCUGGAAGGGUUAUCCAAGAAACACUGAGAAGUGCAAGCAUACUGUCAUUUACAUUCAGAGAAGCUGUUCAAGAUGUUGAGCUCCAAGGUUACUCUAUUCCAAAAGGUUGGAAGGUCCUUCCCCUUUUCAGAAGCAUUCAUCAUUGUGCUGAUUUCUUCCCUCAACCAGAGAAGUUUGACCCUUCCAGAUUCGAGGUGCCACCGAGACCAAACACAUAUAUGCCAUUUGGAAAUGGAGUCCACUCUUGUCCAGGCAGUGAGCUUGCUAAGCUUGAGGUGCUUGUCCUCCUCCACCACCUCACUGUUUCUUACAGGUGGCACGUUACGGAAAAUGAAGAUGGAAUACAGUACGGUCCUUUUCCUGUGCCCAAACAUGGACUGCCAAUAAAGAUAACACCAAAAGGAACAAAAUAG